GACCCAGAAUGACGCAGUUCGUUUGCCAAUGUACGAAGGAAAUUUUCAAAUACACACCAACACCUGCACGUUUGAUCCGAGACAAUGGGAGCGUUAUGUACGUGAAGGGGAAGAAGUCCAUGAUCCCACAGAACGUGAAGAAAAAGAUGGAAACUGUUGGAUUUGUUGCCAAAGUCUUGAUUUCCCCUGCUCCUGUCUCCCUCCAGAUUCAGGACAACUGGUUGAGCUCGUUGACUAUCCUAAGAAGGGAAUUGGAAUUCGGGCUCUGGCUAACUUCAAAAGCGGACAAAUCCUCGGCGAAUUCAUAGGAGAGAUUCGACACUGGGAUUACGAAGGUGAUCCCAAGUAUAAUUAUUUGAUCACUGAUGAAUUUCUUGAGCCCGUUGCAAAAAUUUCGCCCAAACGCUAUGGAAACUGGACACGGUUUAUCAACCAUUCCUGCGACGCGUCUACCAAAUUCGAAGUUAUGGCUAUCGGAAAGCGGCUUGUUGUUGUCAUCCAGGCAAAACGGGAAAUCGUGAUGUUCGAGGAAAUCACAGUCCAUUAUGGCGACGAUUAUUGGAAUGAUCAGGCAUGUCAAUGCGGUUCAUCGGAGUGCGUGUCGAAGAAGCGGGAAUCUAAGGAACCGCCUUUGGUACUUUCAGUCGACAAUGGCGUAUUAGAUGACUCUUAGUCUUGUUGUUGUCUUUCAUGCGUUUUGCUUCAAUAUAGAUAUAGACCAAUACAACUUUUAGUUACUCCUUAGAAGCACACCGACAUUGCAUUUUGCACACCCCUGAC